AUGGUCGAAAGGGGUACAGUUAAACUCAAGUGGCGGAGAAGCCUAUUCCUAUUUUUCGCCCUACUCCAUGUAAUCAUUGCGGAUGAUAUCCCUUCGGUCUCAUCACGCGAGCCAGUUCCAGUCGAGGUGCGUAACGAACGGCUCCAAGCGGAGCAAGCUGAGCUUCACUGGCUGAACAAUGUGAUCAGCCGAGUCGACGUACAACAAGACAACCAAACGGGCAAAAUGUUGGCGAGUAAUCCUCGACCACUGAUGCCCGAUCUAGUGACAACUACACAAAAGUUUCAGCUGCCAGAACCAUUGCAGGCUUCAGUUAUUCAAAAGAAGGAGGUUCCGAAUUUCGAAGAAGAAGAAGAAGAAGAAGACGGGCCAACUCUUGAGUGUCAGCACUACGAUGAAGUUGUGUGUAGAGAACAAGGAAAAUGCAACGUCACCACUCUCACCUGUCGUCCUUCUGGCCAUUUGAGUUUCAUAGGAUGCGUUGCAGUUUUUGAAUUUCCAAAGGAUCUUGUGACCAACUCCAGCGAGAAGCACUGGCCAGUCGAAGCUGCAACGGUCAAAACGUUAGGAUGCAUGAGUUUUCAGUCAGCAGAAGUCGCUGAUUGUAACCAUCCAACAAUGUGCAAACAAUCUCGUCUCACUCGCAACACAAUUGCCACGUGUUGUUGUACAACAGACAACUGUAACACAAUGGGCGACCUCCAUCAUCUGAAUCCAGACGUCUUAAAGGCUCAACAAGCUGGCUAUCUCCAGCUUUUAAUCUGCUUGGGCGUGAUUAUUAUCGUUGCGGCUGUUCUCGGACUCGCCUGCUUCUUGUAUACGGGGUGUGGAAAGAUUAAGAAGAAAUAUAAAGAUAUGGAGAAAACGAAUGCAAUGGAGAACGGGAAUCGCCCGCUCGUGGAUCGAGAGUCGUUCGAGAUGGUUGAGACUCCAAAAGAAUUGCCAAUCACUGAUUUUGUGAGAAUUGGUUUCGGCAGCUUCGGAAAAGUUUUUCGUGCGAAAUGGGUUUGUGACUCGGGAGAGGUGAAAAUAGUGGCGGUGAAAAAAAUCAUGGAGGCCAAUCGAAGAGAUUAUGAGGCUGAGAAAAAGAUUUUCGAGGAGCUACACUCUUAUGGAAAAUGGUAUUCGGCGAUUGUUCCGUUCGUUUGUGCAGAGAGGAUUGGAGAUGAAUAUUGGAUUGUGACAGAGUUCCAGGAGAGACUCAGUCUUUAUGAAAUGCUGAAGCAUAACAUUAUCAAUCCAACAUUGUGCUAUAGGCUUAUUCUCACGAUGCUUGAUGGCCUUCAAUUCUUACACGACGACAGACCGUGCUUCUUCAAGAUUCCAAAGAAACCAAUCAUUCACAGAGACAUCAAAUCUCGGAACAUCCUGGUCCGAUCUGACUUCACCGCUUGUAUCACAGACUUUGGAUAUGCCAGAAUUUACGAAAAGACAGGAGUUGCUAGAAGUGAUUUACUUGGACAAGUUGGAACGACUCGAUACAUGGCUCCAGAAAUGCUUGCUGCUUCAACAGGAUUCUCAACGACUGCAUUCAAAGCAAUGGAUGUGUAUUCAAUGUCACUUGUGAUGUGGGAAACUAUCAAUCGGACAAAACUUCUGCCUUCAGAAUCUCCAGAAUACCAGCAACCGUAUCCAGAACUUCAGAAUACCAAAGUUCAGGAUGUCAGAACCCAUGUGAUCACUAAUAAAAUGCGUCCAACAUGGCGACCAUCAGUCCUUUCGCAUGAAUUGAUGAGCUUGUUCGCUAGAGUGGCUGAGGAUAUGUGGGAUGUGGAUGCGGAUUCAAGAAUCACUGCUGGUUGUGCAUUCAAUCAACUCUGGCUUCAUACAAUGGCCGCCAGAGGACGUUCAGAAGGAUAUCAUAGUGGAGACGAUGAGAGUAAUCCAUUGGAAGUUAGUGAUCCACUUGAGGUUUAUCAUGACCUUCCGGGGAAAUAUCCACAUCCAUCGGCGGAUCCAAUGGACGACGAUAAUCCACCACCGCCGACCGUUCCGAUCUGUACUGAAGAUGGAGUCAUUCAUGGCGACGCUCCAGAUGUACCAGUUCAAGAAGCUUUCGAGGAGUACCUGGAAUAUAAACCAGAGCCUGAACAAGUUUUCAGUGUCGAAAAGCAGAUGCUAAUGACAAGAGCCGAAUUCGAAGAGCUCAAAAAACAAGAAAAAGAGGCUGCCGAGGCACAAGAAUUCAAUUCCAGAGCAUCAACUCCAACACCAGCUGGACAUUUCUAG